UUGCUGCAGUGUCACGGCCGGCCCGGCCAUGAAGCAGGAGGGCGCGUCCCGCCGGCGCGGCGACAAGGCCAAGGCGCCCCCCGACGGGCCGCCGCCCGCGCCCCCCGACGUGGAGAUGCAGGAGGAAACGGCGGCGGCGGCGGCCGCCGAGGACCGGCAGCCGCAGCCGCAGCGCGAGCUCGACGCCGUCACGCUGGAGGACAUCAAAGAGCACGUGAAGCAGCUUGAGAAGGCAGUGUCAGGGAAGGAGCCACGCUACGUCCUGCGUGCCUUGCGGGCUCUGCCCUCCACCUCCCGCCGACUCAACUCUAACGUGCUCCACAAAGCCAUCAACGGCUUCUUCACCUCCAACAGCACCACGCGGGACUUUCUCCUCAGCUUCCUGGAGGAGUCCAUGGACACAGAAGCAGAGCUGCAGUUUCGCCCACGUACGGGGAAGGCCGCCUCAGCCCCUCUCUUGCCAGAAGUGGAGACCUACCUCCAGCUGCUCCUUGUAAUCUACCUGAUGAACAGCAAGCGAUACCCAGAGGCCCAGAAAGUGUCUGAUGACCUGAUGCAGAAGAUCAGUUCCCAAAACCGCCGUGCCCUUGAUUUGGUGGUGGCUAAAUGUUAUUAUUACCACUCACGCAUCUAUGAGUUCCUGAAUAAACUUGAUGUGGUCAGGAGCUUCCUGCAUGCCCGGCUGCGGACAGCCACGCUACGCCACGAUGCAGACGGGCAGGCCACCCUCCUGAAUCUGCUGCUGAGGAACUACCUUCACUACAACCUCUACGACCAAGCAGAAAAGCUCGUCUCCAAGUCUGUGUUUCCCGAGCAGGCCAACAACAACGAGUGGGCACGGUACCUCUAUUACACAGGGCGCAUCAAGGCCAUUCAGCUGGAGUAUUCGGAGGCGCGGAGGACCAUGACGAACGCCUUGCGGAAGGCACCGCAGCACACGGCUGUUGGCUUCAAACAGACGGUGCACAAGCUACUCAUCGUGGUGGAACUGCUGCUAGGGGAGAUCCCGGACAGGCUCCAGUUCAGACAGCCCUCUCUCAAGCGGUCGCUCAUGCCCUACUUCCUCCUGACUCAGGCUGUCAGGACUGGGAACCUGGCCAAGUUCAACCAGGUCCUCGACCAGUUCGGGGACAAGUUCCAGGCUGAUGGCACCUACACCCUGAUCAUUCGCUUGAGGCACAACGUCAUCAAGACAGGUGUCCGUAUGAUCAGCCUCUCCUACUCUCGCAUUUCCCUGGCUGAUAUUGCCCAGAAGCUGCAGCUGGACAGCCCGGAGGAUGCGGAGUUCAUCGUUGCCAAGGCCAUCCGGGACGGCGUGAUUGAGGCCAGCAUUAACCACGAGAAGGGUUAUGUCCAGUCAAAAGAAAUGAUUGACAUCUACUCGACCCGGGAGCCCCAGCUGGCAUUUCACCAGCGCAUCUCUUUUUGCCUCGACAUCCACAACAUGUCCGUCAAGGCCAUGAGGUUCCCACCCAAAUCUUACAACAAGGACUUGGAAUCUGCAGAGGAGCGCCGGGAGCGCGAGCAGCAGGACCUGGAGUUUGCGAAGGAGAUGGCGGAGGACGAUGAUGACGGUUUCCCGUGACCCUCUGGCCUGGCUGUACUUUUUUAUUUGUCCCUAGGGAAGAUGCUGUCUGAGCGGAGCUGCCUCACGUGGCCCUGGUCCCCGAUCUGCCUUUCUUUUAUAAAUACCUGCAUGUCUGUACCGGGGGAGGGGGACACGUGGCUUCCCUGGACCUUCAGCCACAGGGCCUGCUCCCCCGUCGCCCUUGCCACCCACGGAGGGAACCCCCUUCCCCAGUAAACAAACGUUCUUUUAAGGUUGCUUGUGGUCAAAGUCGUUGCUGAGCCCUACGCAGAGGCGGGCAAGGGCCCAUGAAUUGGGAGCUCCACAGGAAGCGGGGCCAGGGUGGGCAGGGGUCGGUAUUAGGGCUCCACGGGGACUGUGGUCGCCCCCGGCUCUCACAACAAUAAUGGGGUCAGACUUUGUUAAGCUUCAAUUAUGACUUUUAAAAUAAAAGUUGGAAAAACACCA